AGUUGAUUUCAGUUGCUUUUCGGCUUUCAGUGAGUGCGUUUGGUUUUUGGUGAUUUUAGUGAGUCGGUUUGGCCUGGGUUUUGGUAAAACGUUUGUCGUCGUCAUCGCCUGGCGCUAUCGUCGUUGUCGCUAGUUAAUUCGUUUGCUUGCCUUGCUCUCAUUGAAUUUCUGUGAGCGUCGAAACCGCAGCAGCAGCAGCACCACCACCACCAACAACACAGCAUCGAAUAGCUCACCUCUUCGCAAAGCCAAGCGUAGUAGAUUUCACAUACUAAGUGCAUACAUACAAACAUAAAGAAAAAACAACAAAUAUACAAAGCAAACGUAUAGCCGUAAAGCAGCAACAGCGGACGGUAUCAAAUUAAUCUUUUUUUAAUAUCAAUUCACUGUUUGAGCAUAGAGUUGCCGUUGCAGUAACUCCGUAAGGCUGCCUUUUCCAAUUUUUGUAUGGUUUCACAAUUGUCGUCGUCGUCGUUGUUGUUGACGCCGUCGCCAUCACUCUGACUUUUUCGAAGCCUAUCAAGUCGUCUACGUUUCUUCUAUCUCUCAUAUACAUACGUGUACGUAGGCCGCUCAACCAUAGCCAUUCCACUAUACCACAAGGUGUGGGGAAAUCGAUCGAUUACGUAGCUUUGCAUAUGUAUAACGUGAGUGUGUGUGUUUAAGUGAUUGGAAACAAAGUAGAAACAAAAAAAAAAUCAAGUAAAAUUAUUGCCUUUUUAUUUUGUGUGUUUCAAUGUGCUGCUAAGCACAGAAAACUAAUUGUAAAAACGGCAAAACAAAUAAAUUCAAACUACAAAGAAUUAUUAAAAAAGCGUAAAAGCACAAUUAAACAACAGAAAAAAACAAGAAAAACCUAAAAUAGUGAGCAAAAUAGAAACAUUUUUAUUACGGCAUGGAAAAAUCAACAGAUUCUGCUACAACCCCACCGUCGCCGUCGCCAUCAAGUGCUGUUGUCGGCGGAGCAUCCUCAGCAACGAGGACGACAUCAUCACCGUCAAAUGAUGGGGUUGCAAAUCAAUGUGACGGCAGAAAUGCCACCUUAUCCAGCUACGUGAUGCCACCACCCACAUCUAGACCAACAAAUAAUAUUAGUAAUAAAAAUGCAAGUAUAGGGUGUGGUACCACGUCAACAUUAUCAAUGUCAUCAGAAAACAGAUUAAUAACGGAGCAUGUGGAUACAGCAGCAGGAGCUGCUAACGCUGUUAUUUCCGCAAAAACGGCCUCCAAAGUUGCAGCCUCCACCUCCACGAGCAACGCAUCGUCUUCGUUGUCGUCGUCGUCAUCGUCAUCAUCACCAUCCACAACAACCACCAACUCCAGCACUGCAAAUAGUAAUGGUUCUGCAACAUCGUCAAUAGCUGCCGCCAUGGCGAGACAUAACGCAUUCAUACUACCCUCGCGCACAAUGCCUAUGAACGGCUCACUUGCCGCCACCACAUUGCAGCACACAUCCUCGCCACAUGCUCUACAACUACCCCACAUCAAUUUGAAUAUAAAUACGACGACUGGUGGUAACUUUGGUGUGACGGUGGAUCCACAAAUCUCGGUGGAGAAUUUAAAGAAGAUAAUUGCCAAGAAGCUUAAGGUGGCCAAGGAUCGUAUUUGCUUGUUGCACCGUGAAAAAGAACUACAAGAUGGCACAUUAAAAGAUAAUAAUUUAAUGGAUGGCUCCAGAAUUAUAUUGAUACCAAAUGUAGAGACCGGCUUACUGGCCCAACGUCCCGAGAACACCGUCAUGCAGGCUUUGGAGUCACUCAACGACUCGCAAGUGAAUGAUUUUCUCAGCGGCAAGACACCAUUGAAUCUGAGCAUGCGUCUCGGCGAUCACAUGAUGCUCAUACAAUUGCAAUUGAGCACCGUGAAUCCGGCUAACGGCAGCAGUUCCGCCAAUGCAGGCAGCAGUUGCACUGGUGGCAGCAGCUCCGCCGCAUUGCGCGCACGCUCCAGUCAACGCAACAAUCGCUCUGCUUUAGCGGCCGGCCACAGUCACAACCACCACCAUCAUCAUCAUCACCACCAUCACCAUCAGCAGCAGACAACAGCUGGCGCGAGUGCUUCCAACAACACGUCUGCCACAACCAAUACAGCAGCAACAACAUCAAAUCUCGUCGUCAGCCAGCAGCAGCGCAGUAAUGGCAAUGCAACAGCUGCCGCACGUCUACCAGUCAGCAGCAAUGGCACACUAAAGAGCUCCGAUCUCAGUUCGUUUCUCAGCAAGCGCGACUAUGAGAAUCUGCAGAGCAUCGUGAAGAGUAUUGCCAUGUCACAACCAGCGCGUCUGACAUCGCCGCCGUUGAGUCAAAUGCUGGCGCAGCAUGUGCGUCAAUGCGCGCCGAAUGUGCCCUCUUCACUGGCACAGCCGGUGACCGCCAAUAAUACAGGCUUCCACGGCGCGCGUUCUAACGAUACGACGGACAGUAGCGCCGCAGGCGCUUCAACACUGCUGGAGCAGUCACCCAUCAAAUCGCUAUCGAAUCUAGUGUCCAGUCCAAUUAAAACGGCCGCCAUUAAGAGCAUUCCCAUUGCAAAGGGUGCUUGCAGCGGCAGCGGAUGUGAGAGCAGUAGCAGCAGCUCAGCGUCCAGCAGCAGCGCUAUGGACACAACAUGUCAAGAUCCGAUCGCCGCUAAGCUUACCUCGUGUCUGUGCACACGUCUCAAUGGCGGCGCGGCCGAUAAGGGCGACAGCUGCAUGGACACCAACGCGUGUGGCACAAGCGCUGGCAGUUUACCAGCCACAAGCACAGAGGCAAUGAUUACAGAGUGCAGUAGCGCUGUUGAGGCGCAAACACCAACAACAUCAUCCGCAUUGCAGAAGCUGGUGUCUGGAAGCGGCUGCAGCACGCCCGUCGCGGCUACACUACACAAAACGGCUAAUAAUCCCAUAACGCGCUCGAAGCACCGCAGCCAUCACCAUCACCACCAUCAUCAUCAUCACCACCACUACCAUCAUCAGCAGCAGCAACAACAACAACAGCAGCUAAAGACGCUAUCGCCGUUAGUGCGGCCAAAGGCCAGUUCGAGCCCGCUGCCGCGCCCCAUACCGUUGACUACGCGCAGCUUGGAGGACAGCGGACUCGGUGCUGAUGCGGACACGAAAAUCCCGACAGCACCUACUACAAAUGCUGGCGCCGCCGCAACGACGCCACUCUCCUCAACAAAAACAACACCAACAACAAGCACAACUGCAGCAAAUGGCGCUGGCGAAUUGGACGAUUCCGGCGUUACAGUCUCAGAUUCGCGCACACUUGCCGAGGCUUCGCGCAAUCUCACACAAACGCUGCGGAAACUCUCGAAAGAAGUAUUCACCAACAAGAUUGAUCUAUCCAGCAGCGAAGAGGCACCGCGCAAGAGCAAUUCAGGCGCUGUUAUUGAAUCGAUGAAGAACCAUGGCAAAGGCAUCUACUCCGGCACCUUCUCGGGCACACUCAACCCAGCGCUGCAGGACCGUUAUGGCCGCCCGAAGCGCGACAUCUCUACCGUUAUACACAUACUGAACGACUUGUUGAGCGCAACACCGCAAUACAGUCGCGGCGCGCGCAUCAGCUUCGAGGCGCCAAGCGGUUCGUCAGCGGCCAGCGGCGCUUCGGGCAGCAGCGGUAGCGCUGUGCAUGGCAUACGCAGCAAGCAGCUCUCCUUGAAGCACCACUAUCACCACCACCAGCACUCGCAGUCCUGCGUGAAAUGCCUCAAGUCGCAACAGAACUCCAGCAGCAGCAGCAGCAGCGCCUGCACUUACGGCGAAUGCAACGGCCAUUAUGCCGGCGCCAAAGCGGCAGGCGCAACAAGCAGCCGCAGCAGUCAUGCCUGCUGCAAGGACAGCGCCAACAGCGGCAGCAGCAGCUCAAGUGCCGCCAAUGAGCGCACCGUUUGCAAUUGCCGCUACCGCAACAACACGGAGACGGGCGAGCGCGAAGUCGAGCAAAUGUGCCAGAAAUGCACAACCGACAUGGAAAACACCAAAACCAAGUCGAAGAUCGAUCAGCUGCGCCAAGUGAUGUUGCAGAGCAAACAGCGGCGUGAAGCGCGCAAACUGAAGGGCUCCCCAUAUGGCGCCCGCGCAGCCGGCUCACCCGCCAAAGCGGCAACCACAUUAGCGCCCACCGCUACCGCCGUGGCUGCGGUCUGCGCUAAUAACGUCGCAACAGCUACGUCGGCUAUGAACGCGAAUGCGCCGCAGUCUUCCUCGUCAUUGAGCACAACACAACAGUUGGCGGCGGCAAGCAACAGCAGCCAGAACACAACGGCGCCCAGUGAGGUAUCGCCCAAUCAUAUUGUGGAAGAGGUGGACACGGCUGCUUAAAUUCUUUUUUAAUUGUCAGCAAUUGCUGCAAUAUCCAACAACAACAACAACAGCUAUAACUGUGUACAUGAGAGAGCUCAUCAUUUAAUUGAAUAUUUGUCCUAACUUGUAGCAUUUAUUAGUUUAUUCAUUAGUGGAGUCCAAACACCCUCAGCGCUUUUGAGCAAAAGAAGUGCAAAGCAAAGAAAAUUAAAGCAAAAAAAAAGAGAAAAAAAUAAAAAAUUUGCAACAAUUAUAAACAAAAUUUAAAGCAAAAAAAAUAUUUAGUGAAAGAAAUGUUUAAUGACGGCAGCGCGCAACAACAACAACUGAGUCAACUGAAUUUAAAAUUUACAAAUAUUUAUUAACAAAAAAACAGCAAAAAUUAUGGUAAUUUGCAAUUAAAAAAUAAUUAAUUAAAAUAAAAUUGCUAAAAAUAAUUAACUAAAAAUUGAAAAUAUAAAUUUUCGUUUGUUAAAUUAUACAAAAUAUGAAUUUUGUAUUUUUUACUUUAUAAGUAGCGGAAAUUGGAAAUGUAUAUGUAGACAAAAUUUAAACCGUACUAUAUUAAUACACUAAAUUCGCUGAAAUAGAGAAAAUUAUUUAGUUAAUUGCAAAAUUAUAAAAAAUAAAAACGCACUUAAUAUAAAAAAUAAUAAUAAAUUAUAAAUAAUAUAUUGCUAAAUGGUAUGCAAACAAAAACAUUUUUGAACUAAAUGCUGAACAAAAAUUCAUUUAGUUAGUUGACACUAACCUCAAAAAAAAAAUGCAAAUUUCGUGAAACUACUAUGGCAGGCUAAAAUUUUGGAAAAUUUGCGUGCGAAAAAAUACAAAAUAAUUUAAUUAGUUUAAUGUGAAACUUGUAAUUUAUGUAAAUUAAAAAAUUAAAUGGAAAUUUUGUCCAAAAGAAUGCAAAAAACGCAGAAGGAAUUUUUUAAAGUAGCAGUUUUGAGCACUGCUGCACGGCAACUUAUGGAAAAUUAAAUAAAUUUUAUAUUAUUUUUGUGUACCAUUACUAUUUGUGACUAGUGUACGCUGGCUGCUGUUAAACUUGCAAGAAAAAACACUUUUUGUACGCAUUUUUUUUGAGUAUUUAACACUUAAAUAAUUUAUUUUUUGAAGUCACUACCAUUUUGACUAAACAUUUGUACAGUGGUUGUAGAAAAUGCGAAAAUAUUUAUUUUGAAAAGCAGUUUUGUGCUUCUGAAAUUAAUUUUCAGUAAAUUUGUACAGAAUUGGCACAAUUAAUUUAAAUCAAAAGAAAAAUUUUGUAAUUAAAAAUAAAAAAAUAUUGUACAAUUUUCUUUAAUUUUUUCCAAAAUUAAAUUUAAAGUUUUUUUCGGAAAUCGAAAUUAAAAAAAUAUUAUAAAGUAAAUUAAAAUUAUACCACUGUAAGUUAGAAAAUUGUAAAAACUAAAUAAAUAUACGGUAGUGUAUAACAGUAAGUUACUAUAAUAUAACUAAAUUAUAGCAAAUUCUGUUAUUUUCGAAAUUAAAUUUUUAAAAAUUAUCAUGAAAUUGAAAAACUUGCACCAGUUUAAACCAGAAAAGUUACACAAAUAUAAGCGUAUGUUUGCGGGAACUAGUUGCUAUAACUAAAAUUUGACAGUAAAAGUUGCUGUAAUGAAAAUUAUGGCAAACAAAAGUUGCUUUAAUAAAGAUUAUAGCAACAAAUAUUUAAUAUAACUGAAAUUGAUGCAAAAAAAUUUUGCUAUAAUAAAAAUUUUGGCAACAAAUAUUUGAUAUAACUGAAAUUGAUGCAAAAAAUGUUUGCUAUAAUAAAAAUUAUGGCGAAGACUAGUUGUUAUGAUAAAAAUUAUGGCAAAACAUACACGCUAUAACGAAAGUUAUAGCACAAAAAAUGGUUAUAACGCAAAUUAUGGCAAAUAAUAGUGGCUAUAAUAAAAAUUAUCCAACAAAAAAAUUGCUAUAAUAAAAAUGAUGGCAAAAAAAUAGUUGCUAUAAAAAAUUAUGGCACACAAAUUUGCUAGAUAUUUACGAAAGAGAAUUAAAUAAGUUUGCGUACUCAAGAAAAUCAUAAUUUUGUGCCAACAAAAAGUAUUUUUUGCAAAGAAAAAAAUAAUUUUUCCAUUUAAAAAAAAUAGUGUUACUAAAUUUUAUUUGCGCACUAAUUGCAGCGUUUUGAACACAAUUUACUAUUUAAUAAAUAAGUAAUAACUACAACAAAAAACAUACAUACAUACAAACAACAAUAAUGUUUACUAAAAAAAACAAUAAUUUAUGCAUACCGCUGUCGUGUUGUAUGUAUGUAACUAAUUAACAAUUGUGCAAUCGUUAAUGUGUCUGUGUGUGUGUUUACAAUUGUUCAUUUACAAAAAAAGAAAAAUUUUAUUAAUUUUUAUGUUUAAGCCUAAGCGUAGCAAUGUUAUAUAACUAUGCUUUAGUUGUUGUUUUUCCUGUCUUGUUUUUUUUGCUUACAAAAACUACAACAAAAAAUAAUACAUUUUAUAUAUAGAGAGAGCGAUUUAUUUUUUUUGGGUAUAUGAGUUAUUGUAAUUUUGUUAGUGUAAAAUUUAGCGUGUACACACCCUACUAAUUCAUAAUGAAUUUUUAAGUUAGACGAGCGGCGGGAGCGCAAAAUAACAAAACGUAUGUGUUUUUGCUAGUAACUACCUAUGCUACUUAUAUAAUUAAUGAAAUAAAUAAUUAAACGCAUAAUAAUGCUUAAAUUCUAUUUUGCAUAUUAAUGAAAUGCAUUCAAUUGCAUAUAUAAUAUCGAACUGUAUGUAUGUUGCGCUUUAAAAAAGAGUUAUGUAUGUAUGUAGUAAAUAAAGUUGGUUUUUUUUCUGGUUUUUUUCGAAGACCAGUUAUGUUUAAAAAUUACACACACACACUUCUAUAUUAAUAUACUAUAUAAUUAUAAAUAUAUAUAUGUAUAGUUUUAAUUGUUCCCUAGGCACUACUGCAAAGUUUUAUUGUUAAACCUUGAUUAACUAAAUCUUUAUUCUAACCUCAAUUGUUUUUGCUCGCCUCAUCAACGAGCACAAUUUAUGUAUACAGCUGUUAGUGUUAGUAAAUAAAUUUACUUUUAUGCUAAAUUUGUAACACUUUAUUCUUGUUUUCUCUCUCUCUCUCUCUCUCUCUCUCACACCUUCUUACACUUUCUCUUUCACUUGAUAUGUUUAUAUGUGUUGCCUUUGUCGCCUUUGAAUUGAAAAUUAUUCUCGCUUUAUAUUGCAAUUUAGUUAAUUUAAUUUGCAAUUUAUGUUAAACAAUUUUAUUAUUAAAUAUUUGUAGUUACAUACACACAUACAUACAUAUGUAAACUUAUAUAUAUAAACUACAUACAUAUAUGCUAUUAUAAAUAAAAAGUUUAUGUAAUUGAAAAUAAAAAAACUUAGUGAAAUGGUAUAUUUAGUUUGAAGAAAAAACAAAAAAAAAAACGAAAAUUAGUUUCAUUUCGAAAGUCAAGUGUAGUUGUUCCACUGUGUUAUUGUUGUUGUAAUAUGAGCAGAAUGUGCUUUUGUGCUAUUCUUGGUCUCAUAUAAUAUUCUAAAAUCGUCGCAAAUCUUAAAAAUUUUAAAUUUAUUGUAGGAGAUAGUUGUGGAAAUCAUCGAACCCGAAGAGAUAAUUUCGAAAAUAAAGUACUUUUCUACUCUCGACCAGACCUUGUGAACAAAAUAUAGAUUAAUGUUACUGGAUUCACUCGAAAAAAAUAUAUAUAAAAUUUGUUAGAAAUUCUACAUUUUAUUAUUCUAUUUCAGGUGUCUCUCAGUUUCUACUAAAGUUCUAAGAUAUUUUUCACCUCAUUUUUAUUCAACCAAUCUAACUAAUGAAGGACUUUUAUAAUUUUUGUUCGUUAGUUUCAGCUAAACAGUCCUCGGCAGGCUCCCGAUGAGACUUCAAAUCGUGGGUAUUUCAAAAACAUAUUUUUUUUAUGUUUUCAAAAUCUAAAGAGAUAUUUAAACCGAAAACGAGGAGCCCUUUAAAGUGGCCUAACAAAUGUUUUCGAGGGGCAUAGUGUUAUGUUUUCGAUCCCAAAAGUGUGUUUUGCCCAUAACACAAUGACCUCCAUCAAAGAAUGUAUAAUAAUUUUAUUUUAUUUUCAUAAUUUUAUUUUAUUAUACAUUCUUUGCUCCAUCUCCUCAAAUACAAUCGUCGAAAUUUUCAUAGCAUACUUUUAGGCGCAACUUCAAAUAUAUAUUUAAUGCUCAUAGGUUCAUUAAAGGCGAAGUCAACCGAAAUAUAUAUAAACAAAAUAAGUAUUUUCGAAGCCAAAAAUGUAUUAUAUUCGGUACCAAAAAGUUUUCCGAUUCCAUCAACAACUAAAUAAUUACUAAAAAUCUGUGGCUUUAUUAGUCAAACGAAGAACAAAUGUAUUUUACUAGCGACACGACAACUAUUCGGCGAGGACUCGAAAAAUAAAUUAAAAAAUAUGUUCACACUAUUCUACUAUUACUAUUCGUGUAUAUAAUAAAAAAUUAACCACUUAUAUAAUUUCAGUAUCUACAGUGAAUAUAUAAUAUAUAUCUAUAAGUAUAUCUUAUACAAGUAUUAACUUAUACAGAAGGUAAACCAGAAGUACAUCACCUUGGACUGCAUAGUAAAAUUUUUUGUAUUGUCAUAAGUA